CCGCUUAUGAUGUUCACGACAGGCAUUCGCUAUCCGGUCUCCGGAAAAGAGUGUUAUGUAAGUUUAAAAGGGGUGGGCUCUACUUAAGCCAUGCAUGAAUGCCAGACUCCAUUCAUAGCUCUUCCCUUCGCAUGCCGAGUUAGAGCGAGCUCGGGAGAUGUCACCUUCAGAUAUUUCUGUCGCUAAAGAGAUGAGCAUCAGCGGACAUGGUACAAAGAUGCAGGUUCGUGCUGUGCUCGAUGGCUUGCUUGCGCUCACUGAUAGCGAAAUAUGAUUCAGCUUCUACCAGAACUCCUCGAUACCGUCUUCGCUCGGCUCAACGUCAACUCGUCUAGCAAGCAGAAUUUGACGUCUUGCUCUCUUGUUUGGAACGUUUGGAACGUUAUUGCUCGGCCCCAUCUCUUUCGUCAAGUCACCUACACUCUCACAGACAACAACAAAGACCGCGAGGCCGAAUGCAAUCUUCGCGUAGCCUUCCGUGGCAUAUAUGCCUUCUUAGAGGAGCAUCCUGAGCUUGCGGUGUGCACCAAAGAACUCAGCCUGAAGACUGUCCCUGCUGUCAGUCGGUUGACUGGACACUCCACCAGGAGAAGGGCUAUCACGACCCGGCGACUUUCCUCGGCUUGCUCGGCCUUUUCCCUCGAUUAGAGCACCUGCGCGUCCAAGACACAUUUGUCACAUCGCUCCCUUCGAUUCAGCUCGAUUCUAAACUCGUUUCGCUAGAGACCCUCGCGGUGGGGAGCGCGCGGGAAGGAGUACCUCCAGUUGAUGUCACCCACCUGCUCUGCUGCUUCAAGGAGAUCGGCAGUCUUGAUGUAAUCAUACCUUGCUAUUGGUCGUUGCGCCGAGAGAAUUUUCCUACAUCACGGCACCUUGCCGUCCACAGCCUCGUCACUCAACGCGAGGCGACCGACCACCUCUUUCUUUAUCUCGCGCUUCCCAACACCCUCUGCACGCGUCUUACACACGUUAUCGCUAUGCAACUUAGGGACUCAUGGCUGGACGGGAUUGCAAGAGCUGCUGGCUGGCACGAAGUCGAACUUGGUCUGCCUAAAGCUGUCGUUCGUGGGUUUCUGGCGAGAUGAGAGUGGUGAGUUCGCAUGAUGUAUAAGCACACAGUAGCAGUCGA